GAAAGUACGAACUAGCUGCUUAUAGCAAAGCGACAAGAACUCAGCAGUCCACAAAAGUCCACCAACCCAGCUCCCAUCGUUGCCUGCAAUUCGAAGGAAUCCUCGCCAUUCCGGAACUCAGAAUUCAAUUUCUUCUCCCCCACACGCCACACCAAUUCAGUUCUGACUAUAAGAAAAAAUCUCCCUCCACCGGCCCCCGGCAUUCCCACCUCCCUCUGCGCAAUGGACGAACCGGGAUCUUCGCCGCAAUCCGUAUUCUCCGACCGGGUCAAAAUCAACGGCGCGGUCACCACCCAGCUAACGCUCACAUCCGAAGGGAAGCUCCGGUGGAAUGACGGCGAAGACCAGCGGUGCUUGGUGCUGGAAAAGCAGGUGCUCGGAUUCGUCGUCGAAGGAACCAAGGUGGUGGUCAAGACGGUCGUCCACAGCGAAGGAGGAUGUUGCGGUUGUAUCGGUAGCAGGGAAGCAGGUCUGGUUAGGAAGGAUUUCGUGUUCGAGCCCGUCCAUGGAGAUUCACUUAAUUUUUGGUGCCAGCAUCUCCGCGAUCACCUCGAUUCCUUUGGCCGGCCGAAGAGGCUGCUUGUGUUUGUGAACCCGUAUGGCGGGAAGAGAAUUGCUCCCAAGGUGUAUUUGGAUUAUGUGAAGCCAUUACUUGAGGAUGCCGGUGUCCAGAUUACAUUGCAAGAAACUAUGCAUCGACAUCAUGCUAAGGAAGUUGUAAGCAGCAUGGAACUUUCCAUAUAUGAUGGCAUUGUUUGUGUCAGUGGAGACGGUAUCCUUGUUGAGGUGGUGAAUGGUCUUCUGGAGAGGCAGGACUGGAGCGAUGCAAUAAAGAUGCCUCUCGGAAUGAUUCCUGCAGGUACAAGCAAUGGCAUGGUAAAAUCACUUCUGGAUGCAGCUGGUGAACCGUGCAGCCCAGCAAAUGCUGCUCUUGCUGUAAUAAGAGGACAUAGGUGCUCACUGGAUGUAGCCACUAUCUUGCAAGGAGAGACCAAGUACUACAGUGUUUUGAUGCUCGCAUGGGGUAUUCUGAGUGAUCCUGCAUCACAACAAAUUCAAAUAGUCAAGAUUCAAUCUUCUCAUAAUUGUUGAGAGCAAGCUGUAAUAAUUGUUUCAUCCAAACUUUAUCCUCUCAUGUUUCAGGUCUGGUCGCAGAUGUCGACAUUGAGUCUGAGAAAUAUAGAUGGAUGGGGAGUUCUCGCAUGGACUUCUAUGCUCUUCAACGAUUGGUCAGUCUAAGAAAAUAUAACGGGCAAAUCUCUUUCGUGCCUGCACCUGGGUUUGAAGCAUAUGGGGAGCCAAUCAAUCACAACAGUGGACUUACAAGUGCUCGAGAGUCUUGCGAUGUCAGCCAGCAACAGCUCGUGAAAACCCAUCCCUGUGGUUACUAUGGUCCUGAUGACGAAUUGAUGAACCAGGAAUGGCGGACAAUUAGUGGACCAUUUGUUUCGGUCUGGCUUCAUAAUGUUCCUUGGGGUGCUGAAAAUACCAUGGCAGCUCCUCACGCAAAGUUCUCAGAUGGCUGUCUGGACUUGGUGCUCACCAAGGAAUGCCCAAGGCUAGCCUUGCUCUCAUUCAUGACAGAGCUAAGCAACGGCGGUCAUGUGAAAUCACCACACGUCAUGUACCUCAAGGUGAAAGCGUUCAUAUUGGAACCUGGUGACCGUGUGAAGGAACCAAAUGUCGGAGGGAUCAUAGACGUCGAUGGCGAGGUGGUGGCUAGAGGAAAUGGAACGUACAAAUGCGAGGAGAAGACUCUUAUGGCUUACGACAAGCUUCUGAUAACCGUGAACCAAGGUCUAGCCACCGUCUUUUCUCCAAUGUAGCUAGCUAGCUAGCUUCAUUUUUCUUACAUUACACUUGGUCUUUGUAUGAACAUCCCAUGGAGUUGUUCAUCAUCAAACCAAGACAUUCGUUUACCCCAUUUAGAAGGUUUCUCUGCAGAAUGUUUCUGACAUUCACUCGGGUUUGAUUUUUUUUCCUGGGGGAUUCAUGUAUCAUGUAUGCAUAUACUAGAUUUAGUUACAAAGCAAUUCUUGUUGGAAGGAUUCAUCGAUACUACAGGAUCUCUGUUUAUUCAUUGUAUGCAGAAAGUUGAUGUUGAUUUUUGCUUUCCUCCUUAGUUUGAAUCUCGAUUGACAUUGUAAUUCCAAUGAAC